AUGGUGGUCAAGAAGCGGAAGUUAGCAGCUGAAGGGGGCAAUGAUGAUAGGCCUAAAUAUUUACCGGGGAAACAUCCUAAAAAUCUGGAAGAAUCUCCGCACGUGGACUAUAACGCCCCACUAAACCCUAAAUCGGAACUUUUUCUAGAUGACUGGCAUAUACCUAAGUUUAAUAGAUUUAUUAGUUUCACUUUGGAUGUUCUUAUUGACAAAUACAAGGACACCUUCAAAGAUUUUAUCAAGCUACCAAGUAGGAAGUUUCACCCUCAAUAUUAUUACAAAAUUCAGCAACCAAUGUCUAUUAAUGAAAUUAAAUCAAGAGAUUAUGAGUAUGAGGACGGCCCAGGAAAUUUCCUUUUGGAUGUUGAACUACUGACAAAAAAUUGUCAAGCCUACAACGAAUACGACAGUUUGAUUGUGAAAAAUUCCAUGCAAGUGGUAAUGCUAAUUGAAUAUGAAGUAUUGAAAGCCAAAAAUUUGAAAAGAAACUAUCUAAUCAAUAACGAGGUCAAAGAAAAAUUACUACACUAUUUCAAUAAGUUGGUUGAUGGUACCGAAAAGAUAAUCAACCAGGCUUUACUGGGUUCUUUAUCUCCUAAAAAUUUAGACGACAAAGUUAAAUUAAGUGAACCGUUCAUGGAAUUAGUCGAUAAAGAUGAACUACCUGAUUAUUAUGAAAUAGUGCAUAAUCCAAUGGCAUUGUCAAUCGUAAAACAAAACCUUGACAUUGGCCAGUAUUCUAAGAUAUAUGACUUUAUCAUCGAUAUGCUUUUGAUUUUUCAAAAUGCGCAUAUCUUCAAUGAUCCGAGUGCUUUGAUUUACAAGGAUGCAACAACUUUAACAAAUUAUUUUAACCAUCUAAUACAAAAGGAAUUUUUCCCAGAAUUACAGGACUUGAAUGAACGUGGUGAAAUUAACUUGGAAUUUGAUAAAUUUGAAUUUGAAAAUUAUUUGGCCAUUGGUGGUGGCCCAGCGGCAGCAGGUGCAUUAGCUAUAGCAGCUCUCGAUAAUGAUAUCGAGCCAGAAUCAAAUCGUGAAGACUUUAUUGACCAAACAGAUUAUGAUUUCAAUCAUUUCGAAGGUCUGGGUAAUGGUUAUAAUCGCUCCCUCUUAACCGAGGAUUAUUUACUGAAUCCCAACAAUUUUAAGAGGUCAAUAACCAAACCAGGUAGCAUUAUAGGAACAAUGCCAUCCGACGUCAAAAAUGAACGAUCCAUGACACCUAACAUCGAGAAGACAAAUUCCUUAGAAGGUGAACAAUUGAAGAUUCCCAAAUAUAACAUCAUAAAAUCUAUCCAAAAAGAAAGACAAUUGCUUUCAGAGCAACACACUAUGGAAUACAAACCUUAUAAACUGAUACAUCAAAUUUAUAUUUUUUCUUCAAAAAAUUUGUAUUCACAGGCAACGAAACCUUUGCCAGGUUCAAGACCAUCAUGCAAUCAAAAUUGGGUGGAGUAUAUCUUCAACGGUGAUGAGUUGAGUCAAAACGAAAACGCCUUCUCCUUUAUGUUGCAGCCCAUGCAAACUUUCUUAACUUUACAAUCUCAUUUGAACUCACCAUUAAAGAACACAGAAACUUUACUAACGAUCAAUAAAGAACCUGUGAAGUCUAGAAAUUCGAAUGCAAACAGUAACCUUUCACAACCUCAGCAACAAGAAAAUAAUGUUAUUGAUAAUGAUGCAAGGCAAGAUAUGGAAAACUUGGCAAAUAGCAGCAGUAACACCAUUGAUACUGGCAAUGAUAAUGAUAAAUAUAAUACACCAGAAAUCUUUGAUAUCCGCUUAUCAGAAGGUUUAAAUCAUUUGGUGUUUAAAUGUGAAGACAAGAUUUCGAAUGAGGUGGAAUCCAUGAAUUUCUGGAUAAAUGUUUUACCGUGA